AUUUUGCCGCCGUCGUAUAUUUUAGGUUAGAUUUAUUCAGCAUUUUAGGUUAUAGUGCUGUGUUUGCCGGAAAAGUUCAUCCACUUUUUGGAAUAUUUUUAGCUCGAAAUGUGAAUAUUAAGUAAAAUAAUAAAUCACUAAUCAUGAGUAUUUGCACACCAAAUCGUAGCGUUUUCAAUCCGAACAGUUCUUCACUAUUGGAAAAGAGUUUAUCGCUGAACAAAACUCGACGAGUGAUACGCAGAAGUGUUAUAUGGGGCUCUGUAAAUUUUCUUAUUUUAGGAGUUUUGCUUUAUGAUAUCGCGUAUUCGUGUCCGUUAUACUACGAUUUUUACGAUUACAUUAAGUAUGCAUUUGUUGCUUUUACAACUGUUAAUAUUUUUUAUUAUGCUGCAAAAAUUAUAACUUCGAAUUUAAUUUGCCAACAAAAAAUAUUUAUUACUUCAGAACAGAAGAAACUAUUAGGAAUAAAAGAUACAGAUCCAAACUUUAAAGUUGUUGAUCAGUUAAAUACGUCUGCUGUUCAAACUCCAACACAUUCUUUUCCAAACACUCCUAAUAGUAGCCCCAAUUUACCUUCUUCAAGCACACCAAUGAAUACGACAGCACAUAGUUGGAGAACUAGUUUGAGCCCAAAUGAAAGCUUAAAUUAUUCAUUAUCAUCUCCCUCAUGGACUUACCACAAAAUAACUUCUGAUCAAAAUUUAUCUCCUUUCUCCUCUGGCAGUUCCAUUAAUGAUCUUCAAUACAGAGACACUUCAGGAAUAGAAUUCAUUUCAGACGAAAAAGAUUUAGACACAUAUUUAAAAGAAUUUGAAGCAAAUUCCAACAUAAAGAAUUUAAACAAUCAGACACAACAAACAUCAAACUUGUUAAGUUCAUUUUGGAGUCACCCUGUAACAAAAACCGCAAAAGAUAUGUCAAGUUUCUUACGAAGAUGUACAUAUCAACUGUCAACACAAUCACCCACUAAUCUUAAUUCAAGUAGUCCAAAAAAUAAGACUGAAAGCAAAACCUCACCAACCACUGCACAAACAUCAACCCCUUGGACUAGAAUCAAUGUUGAUAUAGUGGCUUUAACACAGUGGAAUGAAAAUUUGCGUAAAUGGUUUUCACAGACGAUUUUAGAAAGACUUGUUAGAGAAUUUGACAAAAUUAAUGAAUCUUUUGAAAGACAUGGACUAGCAGAUAUGAAAAUAGGAGGUGUAGGAUUAGACCGAUUAAGAAAGACUGCUCAAAUAACACAUGUGACACAUUUUAUUCCCAGCUUACCUACUUUAAUACCGUUUCUGGAAAUCACAUCAAAUCAAGAAUAUCUAGAAAAGAGAAUUCGUGAACUCGCGAAAGGGGGCUGCAUGAGUGAGUUUAAGUGGAAUGGUGGUAGCAGCUAUAAUGGGAAAGAAUGGGAAGAGUCUCUUCCAACAGAUUCAGCUAUCAUCAUGCAUCUGCUAGCGUGCUAUUUAGAUACACAGCUUAUGCCAUUACCGAGUAUGCCUGAUACUAAACCUUUCAGCGGCUUGUACUAUUUGAAAUCCAAAGACAAAAUACCUCCGCUCACUCCAAACAGCCUGUUUAUUCAACAAGUAUCAGAAAAACCGCCACAUUAUCGCGUGGUAGUAGGGGAAACGGUCUAUGAAAUGGUCAAGGGUUACAGUAACUUAUUCCACAGUAUUUUAUUUUUUCUGUAUCACGUGAACAAGGAAGAACAUGGAAUGUUGGGAAGAGUAAAUUUAGGUAGAGCUGGAGUAAAUAUGCUCUGGAUUAUUGGACAGUAAGAAAAUUGAGUGUUUUAAUGAUUUCAUCAAUAAACGUAUUUUUUUAA